CUCUUUUAUAGUACCACAAUGGGAACAUGUGCAGUGUGAGACCAGCAAAGGGAAUAGAAGGAAAAAAAAGACAGUAUAAGUAAAGAGCCUUCAGCCAGUAUGGACAAGUCGUCAAAUGUCCACCUGCCCUCUUCCAGAAUGACAUCCAAGGCGGACAAUGAGAGGGGAGCCGUGGUUCCUCCCAGGAGUCACCGGCAAAGGCCAUCGAAGGCAGGCCGGGCCCCCGAGGGAAGGAAAGAGAAGCCGCGGAAGGAGAAGCCAAAGACAAACGACGUGAAGGGAGAACAGGAAGAAGUGAAGCUGAAAUCAACUGUGGUGGAUAUAGACAGAGUGAGAGAUGAUGAAGUCAAGGAGGAGAACAUGGGGCUCCUGGAGGCAGCAGAGCAGGAUGAUGGUUUGAAGCGCAUGGACCUGGGAGUGUUUGAGUGGCUUCUGAUGGCCUUUGCCUUGGCUCUGGUUCUCCUCUUCCUCCCUCUGUCCAUCUGGUUCUGUUUUAAAGUAGUUAGAGAGCACGAGAGAGCUGUGAUCUUCAGACUGGGUCACCUGCUGCGUGAAAGACCAAGAGGCCCAGGUCUUCUUUUCUAUCUCCCUCUUCUUGAUGUUUGUCACAAGGUUGACAUCCGACUGAAAAUGCUGAAGGUUCCUCCUCACACGGUGGUGACAAAGGACUUGGUGAGGCCGGAGCUGAGCGCCGUGUGUUAUUACCAGAUCGAGAACGUGGCUCUGUGCAGCACAGCUCUGUCCAGUCUGACCACGGUGUUGCAGACUCUGGUCCAGGCAGCGGUCAGAGACGUUCUCGCCCAACACACAUUCAGCCACAUCCUACUGCACAGGAGGAGGAUCGCUCAGCAGAUACAAGCAGCUGUUGACUCUGUCGCCUGUCGCUGGGGCAUCCGAGUGGAGAGAGCAGACAUAGACGAGCUCAGUUUUCCGGUGGAGUUACAACAGAGUCUGGCUGCAGAGGCCGAGGCCAAGAGACAACAACAGGCCAGAGUAAAAGAAGCAGAAGUAGAGGCAGCUUCCUGGGAGGGGUUCAGGGCCUCCUUUCGUCACCUCCAUCCAGCCCUGGUCCUUCCAUUCCCCCCAGAUCUCCUCAGUGUGACCUCUGACCACUCAUCUCUACCUCCUCCUCCUCCUCCUCCUGCUGAGGAGGAAGAAGGGAGAGUGACAGAGGGGGAGCGGGAAACAGACUCACCAAUGAUGUGACAGAUUGUGAAUAAAUUAAAAUGUAUUAUUAUUAUUAUUGUUAUCAGCA